GAAUAACUUAUAGAUAUUAUGCCUUAUUCACAAGAGACGUAUUUGUACCCUACAAAGAACCAAAUUUUCACAAGUAACUGAUUAUUCGUAAAAACAAGCUAAUUCAAUUAACGAAUAAAAUGCACGAUGGGUUCGUAUUGAAACUCGAUUGUAAAAUAAUUAAUAUAUAUCAUAUAGUCCUUUCGACACCAUAGCGAAGUUGAAGGUUUUAAAACGAGCCCAUCAUCCAUUUGAUCCCGAGUGUAUACAUGGUACAGAGUAACGCGAUUUAUAGAAUUACGUGAAGUUCUAAGUCCUCUACAGUUUGUUUUAAUUCAUACAAAAUGGCUUUACCUCCAAACUAUAAGCAAGUAGCAAUGGCUACAUCCAAUAUUGUUGCAUCUAAUCAACGACUUAGAGCAUCUGGUGGAAGUAGUAGUAGUUCAACGAACAGCAAAGAUGCACAGAGUCCAUUUAUUCAAACACCUCAUAGUCAUCCAGGGUUUACACCUCAGAAAGUUGGGAAGAAUACAAAUGCUGAUUCACGUAUGCCUAAACCACCUAAACCACCAGAGAAACCACUUAUGCCUUAUAUGAGAUAUAGUAGAAAAGUAUGGGAUCAGGUAAAAGCUCAAAAUCCAGAAUUAAAACUAUGGGAAAUAGGAAAGAUUAUCGGUCAAAUGUGGAGAGAUUUACCAGAAGAAGAUAAAACAGAAUUUAUUGAAGAGUAUGAAGCAGAGAAGGUUGAAUAUGAAAAGAGUUUAAAAACUUAUCACAAUUCACCUGCAUAUUUAGCUUACAUUGCAGCAAAAAAUAGAGGAAAGUCUGCCUUAUGCGCAGCACAACAAAAUAAUGAUGACCGAGAAAGUCACGAACGUUCCUCAGGUAGUACUAAGGGCCAAGCAGCUCAAGAUAGAAGAAUAGACAUCUUACCUGCCGAAGAUGAUGAUGAUCAAGAUGAUGGAUAUUCUGUAAAACAUGUUGCAUACUCUAGAUAUACACGAAAUCACCGUCUUAUUAAUGAAAUUUUCAGCGAUACUGUGGUUCCUGACGUUCGCUCUGUUGUUACUACUCAACGAAUGCAAGUACUACGCCGUCAAGUUCAGUCUUUAACAAUGCAUCAGAAAAAGCUUGAGGCAGAAUUACAACAAAUAGAAGAAAAAUUUGAGGCAAAGAAACGUAAAUUCAUUGAAACGAGUGAGAUAUUUCAGGAGGAAUUAAAGAAGCAUUGUAAACCUGCGGUAGAUGAAGAAACAUUUAAUAAAAUGGUUGAACGACAAUACGAGGCACUUAGACGAGAUAGAUUAAAAGGUGCAGAAGAAAAUCGUUCAGACGGACCUGCAUCAAGUGAAUCAACUCCAAACUCUACUCCUACCCCAACUCCUGCUCCAGUUAAUGAAGAAACACCAUCUGACAUUCCUGACAAUGAUUCAAUGGAUAAGAAACCAAAUGGACCAGAAAAAUCUCAAGAAAUAAAAAAGGAAACAUCUUCUCCACCAUAUAAUGAUAAUAAGGCUGAACCUCCACCAAAUCAAGGAAAUUCGAAUCAACAUACAUCUAAUUCCGGAAUGUAUUGUGGGGCUGUUAGUCCAGUACAGCAACAACAGCAGCAGCAGCAGCAGCAACAACCACAGCAACAACAAACUCCGCCACCGCCGUCACUAUCAUCUCAGCCAUCGCAACAGCAACAACAACAGUCACAGCAGCAGCAGCAACCAUCUCCUUCCCAACCUCAACAACAGCCAAUAUCAACUCAACAUCAACCACAACCACUAUCAAAUCAGCACCAGUCACAACAACAACCACUAUCAAAUCAACACCAACCACCACAACCAUUAUCAAAUCAACAAUCAACACCUCAGCCGCAUCAACAACACCAACAGCAAUCAACUCAAGCACAGCCACCAUCUUUACAACCACAGCAGUCCAUUGCAACAACAGCUAGUGCUACUCCAACUGCAAAUACAAAUGUCUCUGCAAGUGGAAACACAACUGCAAAUACAUCAACAAUACCUCCUGUUUCUUCACCAGCUCCCUCUAUACAACAUAAUCCUCACCAACAAGGAAUUUUAACUAAUCAUUCACUGUCACCUCAUCCAGGAUCACAAGGAAGCCAAGCAACCCAAGUACUUCCACCUCAAGGACCAGUUUCUAAUCCACAUACUCCUCAGAUGAUUCCACCAACUCAAGGUUACAGUCAACAGUAUCAACCAGGACCGACUCAGCAAGCUCAAAAUGUUCCGUUAGCUCCAAGACCACCGCAUCCGUCUUAUGCUUACUCCCAACAGCAACCAUAUCAUCAACCAUAUCCUCAAUAUGCACAUCCAUAUUAUCAUCAACCAUAUUCUCAAUAUUCACCACACGCUAUGGGACGUCCACAUGCUCAUGGUCCUCAUAGUCCGCACAGUCCUCAUUAUCAUCCCCAAUCUCCCCAUGCUGUUGGUGAAAAUAAUACUUCUAACAACAGUGUACCUGGUUCAGGUACUGCUUCUGCACCAACUUCUGAUAAUAGUAAUUCAUCUUAUUCUCCAGCAUCAGGACACUGCGAAAGUGAACGUUCUAUUCCUUCAGAAAAUCAAGAAGGCCAGAUAGAUAUUAAACCAGGAUCUGGUUAAUAUUUUUUAUAAUUAUAUCAGUUUAUACGAUUUCUUUAAUUUUAUGUAAAGUCAUGAAAUUACAUUUAAAUAAUAUUAAUGCAUUUAAACAGUUACAAUAAAAUUG